UGAAUACUUCCCCCUCCCAAUGCAAGGCACCCCUGCCAAUCGCCGCUUCGUAGACUGCACCUUUCAGAGCAACAAAGCGCCCAAAGGGGCCGGUGGUGCCAUCAGCAUCAACGCCGGCAGGAGCAACGGCAGCGUGCCUUACCUUUAUUUCCAGAGCUGCCUAUUCAAGGACAACAAAGCCCCUGGGAAUCUGGGGGGGGCAAGAAGCGUGACAGGGCUAGGCAGGGUGCAGUUCGAGCAGUGUGUGUUUAAUGGGAACCGCGCUGGUGUAUCUGGGGGAGGAAUAUUCUCGUUAGACUCCUCCCUCUAUUUCGACCGAGUCACCUUCGACAGCAACAAGGCCCUCGGGACCACCAAUGGCGGCAAAUAUUCUCGUGGUAUUGGCGACGCUGUCUAUGGUGUCUUGUUGGGAACGUUGCCCAAUGUGGAUUUUCGGUUCUGCUCGUCGUCCUUUUUGGGCACAUCAGGGGCGGGACGAAGCUCAGUGGCUCUUCAGUCAGCCUUGAACAUGAUGGCUCCGAAAUUUCCUGGGCUUGUGGCAUUUUGCAAUGGGAGGAGGCCGGAUAAACUGUCUCUGUCCAAAAUUGCGCACUGGCGGGUGGAGAACAAUUGCACAGCCAG